AUGGCUGCAAAACUUAAAGGGGUACAGAAGAGAGUCUUCUUAUUACAUGACAACGAGCCCCUACAUCUCGCAAAGUUGAAUGUCAAAGCAAAGCCUGCGCAGUCUUACCUGGACCACACUUCUCUAUCCGCCACACAAUCUGCAUUUUGCACCGUUCAACUACCACUUGUUCCAAUCUCUGGCCCAUCAACUGAAAGGGCGCCACACUGUCGCAAGUUCUCGGACUUCUACGAGGAGGGAAUCCACAGAGUGCCAGGACGUUGGCAAGAUGUCAUCGAUACCGAUGGGGGAUAG